CCAAAUGUCAGAACUGCAGGAUGUUUCACCAGAUGAACAGAGCUUCCCUUCAAUCUCCACCCAAAAUCCUCUGUGUUUUGAUUCUCCAUCUUCUCCUAACACACUCGAUCUCAGGUGCUGUCUGUUCGCCUAUCAUCAGAUUAGAAAGUAUUGACAGAGACAGAGGAGGAGUGGUGUUGCAGUGUGAGUCUAAAGGCUGGUAUCCAGAGCCUGAUGUGUUUUGGCUUGACGGUGAGGGAAACCUCCUCUCUGCUGCACCUACAGAGACAGUCAAAGGUCUUGAUAAUCUCUAUACUGUCAGCAGCAGAGUGACUGUGGAGAAGAGACACAGCAACAGCUUCACUUGUAGAGUCCAACAGAAUAACAUCAACCAGACUAGAGAGACACACAUUGAUGUUCCAGAGGAUUUCUUUAAGGUGCAGUCCAGUUCUUCUCCUGUCAUCAUCGGUUUGGCUGUUGGUUUAGUUGUUUGCGUCGUGGUUGUUGUUGCAGUUUUCUUUUUUGGGUGGAAAUGGAAACAAAACAUGAUCAGUAAGUUACAGUUAAUUAAUUGUAGUGACUCUCACAGGGUUUGAUGAGAAUAGUUUAAAAAAUGUCUAAUUGUGUAAAUUGUAUUUUUAAAGUUAUAAUAUUCUAUUACAAAGUACUUAUGAACAGUCAAAUAGUCUGACUUCUUGUAUUACAUGUCAGACUGACAUCAACCUUCCUGAAAUAAAAGUAAAAGUUUUUUAUACUUUAAGGUCAC